GCACACACACGCGCGCACCUUAUCGUAAGGGCUAGGUUUCGAUACUACGUGAGUUUUUAUCUGAAGAAACGUCGUGCUAUCAGCGAGCCCAGGCAACGGCCGAGGAAAACAACUGUACACCCCUAGAUGGAUUGCAAAGUCACAGUGUCAACUGUUGGCUGACCUACAUCCCCAGGAUCCAACCUUUCUAACAACAGAUCAGUUACUGCAAGAUGUGUUUUGAACGAGAGAUGGUGUGGAUCGUCAGUUACUGGCCAACUAAAAAUCCAUCCUCUUGGGAAAAGAACGAUUGAACUCUUUUGGAGAAGACGCCCCGGCAACAAAGAUAUUUCUUCAGCAGAAGAGGACAGGAAACAGGAGAGAUAUUUGAUCAAUGAAUCAGCGCUGUCUUUCCAAAACUUGUUGUAAGAAUAAGGAAAGUUAACAAGCUGAUGAAACCGUCUUGAGAGAUGAUGAAUCGCUACACCACCCUGAAGCAGCUGGGUGAUGGCACCUAUGGCAGCGUACUAAUGGGGAGAAGCAACGAGUCUGGAGAACUGGUGGCUAUCAAGAGAAUGAAGAGGAAGUUUUACUCUUGGGAAGAAUGUAUGAACCUAAGGGAGGUGAAGUCACUGAAGAAGCUGAACCAUGCGAAUGUGGUGAAACUGAAGGAGGUAAUCAGAGAGAAUGAUCACCUCUACUUUGUCUUUGAGUAUAUGAAGGAGAACCUCUACCAGCUCAUGAAGGACAGAGAGAAUAAGAUGUUCUCAGAGAAUGAAAUUAGGAACAUCUUGUUUCAAGUGCUGUCUGGGUUGGUUUUUGUACAUAAGCAUGGUUUCUUUCAUCGAGACAUGAAGCCAGAGAAUCUGCUGUGCAUGGGUCCAGAGCUGGUGAAAAUAGCAGAUUUUGGACUGGCCAGAGAGAUCCGCUCCAAACCUCCAUACACAGACUAUGUAUCAACUAGAUGGUACCGAGCUCCAGAGGUCCUGCUCCGGUCGUCGACCUACAGCUCUCCUAUUGACCUGUGGGCUGUGGGUUGCAUCAUGGCUGAACUCUACACUCUUAGACCUCUUUUCCCUGGCAACAGUGAAGUGGAUGAGAUCUUUAAGAUCUGCCAAGUCUUAGGCACCGUCAAAAAGACGGAUUGGCCAGAGGGCUACCAACUAGCGUCUGCAAUGAACUUUCGUUUCCCCCAAUGUGUGCCGACCCACCUGAAGACCCUCAUCCCCAAUGCCAGCAAUGAGGCUAUCACCCUGAUGAAGGACCUGCUGCAGUGGGACCCCAAAAAAAGACCCACUGCUGUACAGGCCUUGCGUUACCCGUACUUCCAGGUAGGCCAGAUCUUAGGGCCUCGUCCUCAGAGCCAGGAGGUCAAGAAGGUCCAGGCCAGGCCGCUGGGCCAAAAGCAGGCCUCGGAGCCCAAGACUGAUCCCCAGCAGUCUUCCUCUGAGUCCAAAGCCUCCACAUCCUCCUGCAGAAACCAACAGCAGCAGCAGCAUCAUCAGCCUCUUCAACAGAUCCCCCUUCCCCAGACUGAGAGUAAACCAGGAGGCCUCAGCCAUGCAAAAGCAGCAUCGCUGGGCAGUGAGAACAGCAUUGGUGCCGGUGGGAUGGGGGUGCUGAAGAGUGGCCGCCGUCGCUGGGGCCAGACUGUGGCCAAGACCUCAGACAGCUGGGAGGAGCCUGACCCGUCAGAAACCGCCGCCUCCAACUCCAAGAAACCCAGCCUGGGGAAUGCAGAGGAGGAGAGGAGCCCUAAGGAGCACCGCCCACAGCCCAAGGAGCAGAAGCCUCUUUAUUCCUUCAGCACAGUUACUAAAUUACCCAACAAUGUUAAGCUUGGGCAAAUGGACUCCAAUCUCCCAGGAUCUGCUGCACGGCAGCACUAUCUGAGCCAGUCACGAUACUUGCCAGGGUUGAUCAGCAAACAUCAGACUUCUUCUGGAGAUAAGGACUUGACUGGUAUGACGCUGCGCGAUCUGUGGGAGAACUCCUCCAACACUGUAAAUAAACCUCUUGCACCUAUUGGAGGAGGCUUACCUGUCACCAGAGCCAACGCAGAAGAGAAUGCAUCUAAAUCUGAGGAUAGCCCACCAGAGAAAACGGUUGUUAAAGAAAGAAUACUGGAGAAAAUUGAUCUCUCCAAAGGGAACUUUGUCAGCACCAAAUACAACCUCUCUGGUGCUUACAUGCCCUCAUUCCAAAAGAAAGAGGUGGGCUCUGUGGGACAGAGAAUCCAGCUUGCCCCACUGGCUGGCCAGCACACAAUCAAUCUUUCUUCCUCUCCUGAUAACAAAAAAGACAAACAAAAAUCUGCCAAGGCCAAGCCCAUAUCCAACUCAUCUUUGAGUGAAACUAAUGAAGAUUACGAGGGCUGGAAGAGGAGGGCAGACAGGACUCAGAUGAAGGGCAGCAACUACUCGGCCCUGGGAAAAACCUCUGGCAAUCUCCUGACCAGAGCUCCUGCUGUACAGCCUGUUCAUGGCAGGGUGGACUGGACAUCCAAAUAUGGUGGAAAUCGGUAGUUCAGAAAGAGGGUGGCACGGCUUCUACUGCUUGUUGGCUGAGGAAGUUAACCCUAAGCAGAGUUUUAACCACACACAAACUAAAAACCUGGAGGAGAUUCUGUGUGUAAAAUUCUGUUUGUCCCCUGAAACAAAUGACAUCUUCAAAAAAAAAAAACCCAGUAUGGAGGUAGAUCCUCCUAUUUGGGA